CAAUACCAACGUCCCCCAAGUCUCCUCCUACUCCCGGCCGCCGCAGCCUGCGUGCGUGCGUGUGCGUGCGAGAGCCUACGCCUACGACGCCAAACACGGAAACCACCACGCACGCCGAGACAAAUCCCACGAUACCCCGAGAAAAGCAAAAGCCAAGCCCCCCUCUCACUCCCUUCUCCUCCCGCCGCGCCGCGCCGCCCCGAUACCUCGCUUCUUCUACAAGCUUCCAUUCCUCGGUCGGUGCCGGCCGCUUCGGGCGCGCGUGGAGGUGGUUGCUGCUGCUGCUGCUGCUGGGGGCGGCAGAAGCUAGUGGCGGUGGGUGUGGGAUGCCCGCCGCGACGCCGACCCGCUCUCGCCUCCUCUUCCCCGCGUUGCGGCCGCGGCCGGUGGUGGUUAAAGCGGACGGGGGAAGCCUCGCCGCUGCCGGUGACUGACUGGCUGACUGACCGACUGCGCCGCCGCGGUGCGGUGGGACCACGCGCGACGCCAUGGACGCCGCCUCCCGCCCCGCCGUCGUCAUCGACAACGGCACCGGGUACACGAAGAUGGGGUUCGCCGGGAACGUGGAGCCCUGCUUCAUCACCCCCACCGUCGUCGCCGUCAACGACACCUUCGCCGGCCAGACCAGGGCCAACACCACCAAGGGGAACUGGAUGGCGCAGCACAGCGCCGGCGUCAUGGCCGAUCUCGACUUCUUCAUCGGGGAGGACGCCCUGGCCCGCUCCCGCUCCAGCAACACCUACAACCUCAGCUAUCCAAUUCACAAUGGCCAGGUUGAGAAUUGGGACACCAUGGAGAGGUUCUGGCAGCAGUGCAUUUUCAAUUACCUGCGGUGUGAUCCGGAGGAUCACUAUUUUCUGCUCACCGAGAGCCCCCUGACUCCUCCCGAGACCCGCGAGUACACCGGGGAGAUCAUGUUUGAGACUUUCAAUGUGCCUGGUCUGUACAUAGCGUGCCAGCCGGUUCUUGCCCUCGCAGCAGGAUACACCACCACAAAGUGUGAAAUGACAGGUGUUGUAGUCGAUGUGGGUGAUGGGGCUACCCACAUUGUUCCUGUUGCUGAUGGUUAUGUUAUAGGAAGCAGCAUCAGAUCAAUUCCAAUUACAGGCAAGGAUGUUACCCAGUUUAUUCAGCAACUCUUAAAGGAAAGAGGUGAGCACAUUCCACCAGAAGAAUCUUUUGAUGUGGCAAGGAGAGUGAAAGAAAUGUACUGCUAUACAUGUUCAGAUAUUGUGAAGGAAUUUAAUAAGCAUGACAGAGAGCCCAAUAAGUACAUAAAGCACUGGAGUGGCAUCAAACCAAAAACUGGUGCCAAAUACACCUGCGACAUUGGAUAUGAACGCUUCCUAGGGCCUGAGAUUUUCUUCCACCCUGAGAUUUACAACAAUGACUUCACCACUCCUUUGCAUGUAGUUAUUGACAAGUGCAUCCAAUCAUCCCCAAUUGACACAAGAAGGGCUCUUUAUAAGGUUUGUGUUAUCAAAAUGCCGUCUUAUGAUUCAAAAUAUCACAGUGGUUCUGAGUUUCAUUUUAUUGGACAGAAUAUUGUCUUGUCCGGGGGAUCAACUAUGUUUAAGGAUUUCCACAGGAGGCUGCAGCGGGACCUAAAAAAGAUAGUGGAUGCACGAGUCCUUGCAUCUAAUGCUCGACUUGGUGGAGAUGCAAAGGCCCAACCUAUAGAAGUAAAUGUAGUUAGCCAUCCUAUUCAAAGAUAUGCUGUCUGGUUUGGUGGUUCUGUGCUUGCCUCUACCGCUGAAUUCUACGAGGCUUGCCACACAAAAGCAGAGUAUGAAGAGUAUGGCGCAAGCAUCUGCCGGACGAAUCCUGUUUUCAAAGGGAUGUACUAAACCACGGCGCAAAGCUUCUGUAGACAUCACCAGUGGCACCCCCAACGCGAUCCAGCUGCACUGCCCAGCAUGGUACAACUGACGUUGGGGACCGAGGGGGAUCCUGCAGUAGCCUCGCUGUUAUGAGUUGUACAAAUCUAGCAGGCGCAUAGAUAGAUCCACUCUUUCGGUAAUACAUUCCACAUGUUCAUCAGUUUUUGCUAGCCUAGCAGCAAAAACAAUAUGACCGAACGGCAUGGGCAAAAUAUAUGUUUCAUGCUGCUGUAUAAUCUUUGUUGGUGACGGUGUAGCAUUACGACAUUGUUUUUUUUGUUGGUGAUUUGGUUUUGAUCUUUGUAUGUCUCAUGCUUAUUACGUAGUAUUAACUCCAUUCCGAAAUAUGAAAUAUAAGGGAUUUUGACGAUACAAA